AUGUUAUGCAGGAAUGAAGAGUCAUAUUUUGAUAUGCAAGAACGCCAGCAGCAUCACAAACUUCAUAUCGAACGACUUGCCCACUUAAAACCAGUAGUUACUUCUGCUCCGCCAAUUAGAAAUGGAAGAUUAAUUAGAAAAGAAAUGGUUUGUAGAAAGCAAAUAGCAGAACAGCGUAAACAAGAUGCUGAAAAUCUUAAUUUUAUCAAGAGUUUUCAUUUGCGUCAAGAGACGUUAAGAAUGAAAAAUUGGAGAAAUGAUGAAAAUUACAACAGCACACCUUAUUCUGCUCGAAUAUUAUCUCCGGUAUCUACAACAUCAACUUUUAGACAAAGUAUAACACCACGACAACAAUUUUCAAUUUCAGAACCUCCAAUGCCUAAAAUUUCACCGCAAAAAUCAUAUAGACGUACAUCUAAAAAGAAAGGUGGUGAUGAUAUUGAUAAAUUUAUUAUUGACCUCGAAAAGCAAAUUAAGGCGAAUGAACUGAAUAAAAUUGCAAAUAAGUCACCAAGAAAUAGAAAUAAUACACCAAAAUAA